GAGCACGUUCGUUCGUUAGAAUCAGCAAAAAUAAAAAAUGGAGAGCACAUCAUCUCCUUCCCUUAAAGCCACCGCCUUCACUUUUUUACUUACAUUUUACGUUUCCUUGUCCACGUUUCUGUUUAAAAACCCCUAAACCAAACCAGAGACAAAGACUUUCCCCAAUAUGGCCAACUCCAGAAGAUUUUUUGGCGUUGUCCGGAGGAAACUUCUCCGGCGAUCUCCCAGCAGAAUCACCAUCAUCCGCUCAGCCUCAGAAACCACUAAAGAAGACAUUGCCGCCAUUAAAAUCCAAGCUUUCUUCAGAGGUCACCUGGGAAGGAGAGCGUUUAGAGCGCUGAAGAGUCUGGUGAAGCUUCAGGCGGUGGCGAGAGGAGUGCUUGUGAGGAGACAAGCUCGAAUAGCCUUACAUUGUAUGCAUGCUCUUGCUCGCUUGCAGGUUAGGGUUCGUGCUCGUCAGAUUCUCUCCUCCCAUUAAAUAUUUCCAUGACCAAAUCCUUAACUUUGCUCUGUUUCUUGUGAUUGUGACAUCUACAUAGCAUCAUUGUCCAUUCAAAUUGAUUUCACCGCUUUGUGAUUUUGUAUAUGUAAUAGUUAACUCU